CCCCCCACCAGGACCCUCAAGCCCUGUGGAAUUCUCAGAAGAAGCACCUGCCCAGUGUAAGGGGGAUGCAGUAGGACUCUCUGAGGAAGUACUGAAUGGGCCCUGUAAGAUCAGAAAAGGACUAAAGAUUUUUAAGUAUAAUGUAAAAGGAAGUGAAAGUGUUCAGACCCCCAUGAAAAAUGUCCGAUGGAUUGCUUUACCCACCAUGCCUAUUAGUACUAGUGCCUCUGGUAGGUCGCCCAUGCCUUCCAACUUCUUGAAGCAAAAUAUUUCUCCUGUCCAUGCCAGCUCAGUCAGCCUGCCCGUGCCUGUACAUUCUACUCCGGUAACUGCCAUUGCAAAAGAGACCUUUAAAGAUUCUCCCAAGUGUUACGAAACAACGAAAAAGGGCCUGAAGGAAAGGUACAAGCGACUACUCAACAAGCAUCGGCAGAGGUACUACCUUCUGCUCAAGAAGUACAGGUCAUUAGAAAAGAAAUACCACGUUGUUGAGGACGCGGGGAGUAGAGAGCAGGUGGUGAGAGACGCUCGCAAGUACCUGUCCGAUGAACACCUUCUCUUCAUGGAAAGCCAGAUGUUCCUGAGAAACAGAACGGGGAAGGGAAAUAGGUUUUCGAAGAAGUUCAUAAGGCUCAUGAUAAAGCUAUAUGAAAGAAGCGCAGCGGGAUAUCGAUAUUUGAGGAGCAUAUUCACCAUCCCCUCCGUCAAGACGGUCCAGAAGUGGCAGAACAGACUCUUUGAUUUAUUAGAUGAAAACGACAAGGAUCCUCUGGACGUAACGGAAAAUACUAAUCCAUUGGAAGCGGCGGAAGUUCACACUGUAGAAGCAGAAGCCUUUAUGAAUCAGCAGGAACCUGAAGCGACGACGAGUAGUGGGAAGGACGCAGAUCGGCACUUCCAGGCUUCGACGACCCUCUUCAGGAGCGUCGACGCGCCGGGAAGACCCGACACGGAUGGGUCCUCGUGCGGCUCUGGCUCCGAGGACUCGGAUGGCGUGGAUGACGAGGAUUUGGAAGAGGAGGAAGAGGAGGAGGAUGAGGAGGAGUACGAUGCGGGAGACAUGCAGCCUGAGCACCACGCGGGGAAGGACAUCUACCAGAAUAGCGAGACGAGGCCCGCUGACGAGAUCACCAUCGCGUGGGGGGAGCCCUGGUCAUCUGUCAUGAAUUGAGCUGCUGUUGCGCGGUUUUCAAGAAACGUUUUUCUGCCUUCUCGAUACAUGCAUAUUUCCUAAACGGUGUUAGUGAUUUUUUUUCUAUUCAGAAGCAUUAGUUUAGUUGUAAACCUUUUAGAAAAAGGUAAGAUUAUUUGAUACUAAUAAUCACAGCAUAAAAUGUGUGAUCAGAAUUUUGUAUUUGAUACCAUGUAUAUUACAUUGUUACAUGUUAUAUGUAUAUAUCAAUUUUAAUGUUCCUUUUGAAUAUAUCUUAUAUUGUCUA